GACUGUGUCUGCUGUCGUUCGCUCUGGCCCCCCCACCGCAGUCCCCAACCCCAUCCCGAACCCGCCGGCCGAGGGCGAGGCCCCCGGAACCAGCCGUGUCUCCAGCAUGGUGCUUAAGGCUUUCUUCCCCACAUGCUGUGCCUCGGCAGACAGCGGCCUACUAGUUGGACGGUGGGUCCCAGAGCAGAGCAGUGCUGUGGUCCUGGCUGUGGUGCACUUUCCCUUCAUCCCCAUCCAGGUCAAGGAGCUCUUGGCCCAGGUGCAGCAGGCCAGCCGAGUAGGUGUGGCUGUCCUGGGCACCUGGUGCCACCAUCGGCAGGAGCCCGAGGACCGCCUGGGCCAUUUCCUGGAGGGCCUGGGUGCCAUCUUCUCCCAUGAGCCCUGGCUCCAGCUGUGCCGGGAGAGGGGCAGCAAGUUCUGGAGCUGCAAGGCCACCCACCGACAAGUGCCUACCUCCCCUGAUGCCCCCAGUGAGGACCAGGUCAUGCUCAUCUUCUAUGACCAGCGUAAGGUGCUGCUGUCCCAGCUGCACCCACCCGCAGCCCUGCCUGACCGCCAGGCUGGGGAUGCCACAGCCAGUGCUGGGGGUCUGGCUGCUGUCUUUGACACGGUGGCACGAAGUGAGGCACUCUUCCGAAGUGACCGGUUUGAUGAGGGCCUCGUGCGGCUGAGCCACUGGCAGUCAGAGGGUGUGGAGGCCAGCAUUCUUGUGGAGCUGGCCAAGCGGGCCUCGGGGCCUGUCUGCCUGCUGCUGGCCUACCUGCUGUCACUCAUCUCAGCUGCCAGCACCUGCAGGAUAUUCAAGCUGUGGCCACUGUCCUUCAUCUGGAGCAAGCUCUCCACGUGUGAGCAGCUCAGGCAUCGGCUGGAGCAGCUGACAUUCAUCUUCAGUACCCAGAAGGCCGAGAACGCCUCCCAGCUGAUGAGGAAGGCCAACAUGCUUGUCUCCGUGCUCCUCGACGUGGCCCUAGGCCUUGCUCUGUUGUCCUGGCUCCACGGGGAAGACCGCAUCGGGCAGCUGGCUGAUGCCCUUGUUCCUGUGGCUGAUCGAGUGGCCGAGGAGCUCCAGCAUCUGCUGCAAUGGCUGAUGGGCGCACCCGCUGGGCUCAAGAUGAACCGGGCUCUGGACCAGGUUCUGGGCCGCUUCUUCCUGUACCACAUCCACUUGUGGAUCAGCUACAUCCACCUCAUGUCCCCCUUCAUCGAGCGAAUCCUGUGGCACAUGGGCCUCUCAGCCUGCCUGGGCCUGACAGUUGCCCUGUCCAUCCUGUCGGACAUCAUCGCCCUCCUCACCUUCCACAUCUACUGCUUCUAUGUCUAUGGUGCCAGGCUGUACUGCCUGAAGAUCUGUGGCCUGUCCUCACUCUGGCGCCUGUUCCGGGGGAAGAAGUGGAAUGUUCUGCGCCAGCGGGUGGACUCCUGCUCCUAUGACCUGGACCAGCUGUUCAUUGGGACUUUGCUCUUCACCGUCCUGGUCUUCCUGCUGCCCACCACGGCCCUGUACUACCUGGUAUUCACCCUGCUCCGGCUCCUGGUGGUCACUGUGCAGGGUGUGAUUCAUCUGCUCGUGGACCUCAUCAACUCCCUGCCGCUGUAUGCACUCGGCCUCCGGCUCUGCAGGCCCUACAGGCUCUCUGCUGGUGUGAAGUUUCAAGUCCUGGAGCAUGAGGCUGGCAGGCCCCUCCGCCUCCUGAUGCAGAUAAACCCCCUGCCCUACAAUCGUGUGCUACACACCUACCGCCUCCCCAGCUGUGGCUGCCACCCCAAGCACUCCUGGGGUUCCUUGUGCCGCAAGCUGUUCUUCGGGGAGCUCAUCUACCCCUGGAGGCAGAGAGGAGACAAGCAGGACUGAGGGACCCCAGCCACCAGCCUGCCCAGCACCACUGCACGGCUGUGGUCAGCCCUCUACCCUGCCAGGGUGGUGUUGACUGUCAGGCAGCACAUGGCCCUGCACUCUGCCUUCCCUGCUCCCUGUUUGUCUGGGACCUCUGCAGGCCCUACUGGCCCUGCCUGUCACAUAUCCUCCCAACUAUGAAGUUGAAUAUGAGGUCAUCAGGGUGGUAAGCAGGAGGACGCAGGGGUGGCCAGCCAGGUCAGCUGGCCUGUGCUGCAUAACGAGCACCGUUUGCCUCAGGACCCACCUCCAAUGGGGCAGUGAUGGCACUGUUAGCUCAAUGCCCUCCAGCCCCCCAGCCCUACCCAGGAGCCCCCCUCCCCAACCGUCCUCAGACCCAGACCCUUUCCAGGAGGGGUUUUCAGAGCCCUGCCUCUGCCCACCAUAUCCUCUCUCAGUGGGUGAGCUGACAGGUCUUCUUGGCUGCUCCAUGGUGGUCCAACCCUGUCAUGGGGUGGAGGGACUCCUCCUAGGUUGCACUUAACAGUUCUUGAGACUUUGACACACCCCCCCCCAAGCAUCUCCUUCCUUGGGUGUUUUUCUACAGAUCCUCUCCUGGGUCCCUGACACCUCCUAGCUGCCUCAGUGGAGCAGUGGCCAGCCAGUGUGGGGGAUCCAAGUAACCGCUAACCCCUGGCCCAUACCAGCAGCCCCAAUGAGGCAGGGUGUUCCAGGAAGCAGGGCGCCAGUGCCCCUCAUGCCCUGAAUUGCACAGGGUUACUUGUGAUGCUCCCUGGGGAGAUUGCUUUAUAGGAGGAGCCAACCACAGGCCAUUGGGAAUCCCUUUGUGAAGCCAGGCCAUGUGGGGUGCUCAGAGCUGCCUUGCUGGAAGCUAAAUGCCCACCCACCAGGCUGCCCAGCUCCUGCCCCAUGCCUACUCCUUGUCCCUGUAGGAACAGCCUUCUUGGCCAAAUCUUCCAUCUCCCUUCACUGGCUUCUUGCAGAAGCAUGCAGCUCCUGGGAAGAUGCUUCUAUAGCCCCUUGGGAGGGGUCCUGGCACUCAGGCUGCAUCUGCCUGCUGGCUGGCUGCAGAAUCUGGGUGGGUGUGAGCCACAGAAUCCCCAGUGAGGAAAACUGAAGAUAUGAUGGCAUCACAUGGGUGCCAUAGUUGGGAGAUAGGGAUGGGGGCAGUGCCUCCUGUCCAUCGUGGGCACUCGGAACUGUCCACUUCUGCCACCCACACUCCUUGGCUGCAGACCACAGUGGGGGGGAGGGGGCGCGCCUGGAGGAGUCCUCACUAGCCCAGCAUCUGCUGGGAUAGGUCCUGGCUCCACCUUUCUCUGCUGUGACAUUAAAGCCUCCGUGUGUUUGAGUGUGA